GGCAGGAACUUCCCUGCCUUGGCUUCCUGACAGGGCAUCCCAAUUAAACUCACCUUAGGAAUGACAAGGAAGAUCUUCACCAACACCAGGGAGAGGUGGAGGCAGCAAAAUGUCAACACUGCCUUUGCCAAGCUGAGGAAGCUCAUUCCCACCCACCCACCAGACAAAAAACUGAGCAAGAACGAGACGCUCCGGCUGGCCAUGAGAUACAUCAACUUCCUUGUCAAGGUCUUGGGAGACCCAGGCCUGCAGCAGACCGCAGGGGCAGCUCGAGGCAGCAUCCUGGGAUUCUUCCAGCAAGCCCCACACUUGCAGAACACGGAAAAGCUGACACUGAUUGAAAACUGCGGUGUCUCCUGUCCCAGCAUGAGCAGCAAUAUCGUAGAGUGCUGGUCAGAGGCAUCAUGUCCCUAGCAGGCAAUGAGAUGUGCAGUCUUGGUGUUAGUGUGAU